GAACACAGACCCUGAACAGGAGGGCCAGGCCAGGCGGUGCCUGAUGACAUCAGCCUGUGUUACCAGAGUACCUGCCUGCCCUUGAGUUCCGACACCAGACCUGCCGAGGAGGCUUCCCGGAUCUGAGGUUAUUCCCACAGAAGCGCUGCCGUGCGCAGCCGCCGUCAAGAUGACUACGUGAGUCGAUGCCCCGCCCUGGUCUUCUUCCAACCGACUCGAGUUGACUUUGAUGGCCAUACUUAGUUCCAACAUCUUGUCGCUCCCUUUCCGGAAGUCGACCCAACUCUCGCUCGUGUCGUCGAUCCGCCAGUACAUUUCGAAAAAGUACGAUCAGCACCCGGACAUGUUUCGCGAUGACCUCCACGUGAUCGACUCCUUGCGCCGCGACGCCGUCAACUCGCGCGAUGCCCACCCUAGCGGGAUCAAGAAGCUACAGGCCUACGCCGGGCAGUUGGUGGGGAUGAAUGGGAAAUUUCCUGUCGAUAUCGGCGUCGACUUCACAUGGUAUCCCGCGCUUGGCUACCAUACCGAACACCCCCUCGUCCAAAACAACCUCAAGUACGAGCUCAUGAACGUCCUCUACAAUCUGGCCGCACUGUACUCGCAGCUUGCCAUGUCAUCCAACCGCGGCAACACCGAGGGUCUCAAGACGGCAUCGAGUUACUUUUCCCAGGCUGCGGGGGUGCUGAAACACAUCAAGACCGAAGUACUGCCCGAGGUGGGCAUGCCAAACCCGCCCGACGACAUGGACGAUGCAACGUUGGAGUCCUUGACGCAGUUGUUCCUGGCUCAGAGCCAAGAGUGUUUCUGGCAGAAGGCAGUGAUGGAUGGGUACAAGGACGCCUCCAUCGCCAAGCUGGCUGCGCGGGUGUCUGAUCUUUACAACCUGGCUGGGGAGGCAGCCAUGCGCAGCGAGGCCAUCAGUUCCGCUUGGAUCCAUCACAUGAGCGCGAAGCACCACCACUUCGCCGCCGCCGCUCAGUAUCGUGCCGCCUGCGACUGUUUAGAGAAGAAGAGGUACGGCGAGGAGGUUGCGAGGCUGACUGAUGCUGUCGCCUGCGUUAACGAGGGCUUGAAGGAAUGCAGGGGAGGGUACAUCAACAAGGCCGUGGUGGACGAUCUUCAGGGGUUGAAGAGACGGGUAGAGGACGACCUUAAGCGGGCCGAGAAAGACAACGACAUCCUUUACCUUCAGAUCGUCACACCGAAGCCCGAACUGAAGAUCUUGGAGCGUGCCAACAUGGCUGUGGCUCGUGUACCGCCGCAGGUUGCCAACCCCCACGAGUACAUGGGGGAGAACGCCGAGUUUGGGCCGCCGCUAUUCAGCAAACUGGUUCCCUUUUCUGUUCAUGUGGCUGUGUCUAUUUAUGAAGAGCGGAGGGACCGUCUCGUCAACAACAACAUUGUCGCCGAGCUUGAGACUAUGACCGACAAGCUGCAUGAGAUCCUCUCGAGCUUAAAUCUCCCCGGCUCACUUCAGGCCCUGGAGAAACCCUUGGGGCUGCCCGGUACCCUUGCCCAGCACGCCGACGAAAUCCGGCAGGCCGAUGCCAUCAAUCGACUUCAACGCGGCCUCACGGAUAUUGAGAAGCUUUGCGCUAGCGACAGGGCUGUCUUUGAGGAGGGCCGAUCGUUGUUGGCAGCCGAGGAAGAGGAGGACAACAGUAUGCGGCUGAAACAUGGCACCCAGCGCUGGGCGCGGCCAGAGUCUCGGGUCGAACCGAGCCGCGACGGCGGGGCUAGGUUGUGGAACCAAGCGACCGAGAUCGACGGUUACUUUGCGUCAAGCACCUCCAGCGAUGCGGUGGUCCGCGAGAAAUUCGCAGCGGUGAAGGAUACGCUAGCCAUCCUCGCCGGUCCUGACCGAGGGCUGAUGGAUUACAUUCCAAACAGCAGGAAAACCGAGAUCCCUGAGCUCCUUAAACCAGCCAUAGGAAGGCUGAGGGGGGUUUACAACGAUGUCCUGCGUCUCGAGUCGAGGAGGAGAAAACGCGUGGAAUCUCUUCGUGCAAGGAGUCGGGCCGAUGAGAUCAAAGCGGAUAUCCUUGGGGAAACAGCCCGUCUGGAACGGUUAUACCCCAACACUCCAAUCGUACCCGCCCAUUUCGAAGAAUUCUUCGACAGACGCCUUGACAGCUUGUACGAGCCUGAACUUGAGGUCGUAGAGAAGGAACUUGCGGAUCAGGAAAAGACCGUCGAGGACCUGCAGCGGGCCAACCGAGAUUUCGAGGCGCAGAAAAGGAACAUUGGUGAGAAAGGAAGCCAUGACAGGGAAAAAGCGCUGCAGCGGCUUGACAACGCGUACUAUAAGUACAAGGAGAUUGUCAGCAACGUUGAGGUGGGGAGGAAGUUCUACAACGAUCUUAACAGGAUAGUUGAGGGCUUCCGGAAUCAGGCGCGUCAAUGGGUUAACGAGAGGAGAAAGGAGGCGCGCGCCCUCGAAGAUGAGAUUUCCAUGCCCCCGUUAUCGUCACUGUCGCUCAACCCCACGCAAUCGUCGCCUGCACAGUCGUACCAAACGCCGAACCCAGCAUCCUACUACACGCAGCCUCAGCCCCAGCCCAGUCGGCAGACCCCCCACGCCUCUCCACCAGUUGAGGCACAAAUUCAGAGUUGGGCCGACAACGUCCAGCCCCAGCAGCCUCGGCCGAUGCCGCCCGUCGCCCCCGUUGCGAGUAUGCAGGGCGCAUGGACCCCUGAGAUGGGGAUACGAUUCAGCGGGUCGCCUGCUACCAGCGGGAGCAACAAUGCCCAGUCGGGGAGACAGGGGACUGCAAAGCCGCCAGGGAGAGGGGCCUGGGACCCGAACUCCGGGAUUCGUUUCGGUUAGACUUGGGAGGGUGGAGUCAAGGAACGUAUUAAGGAUAGAAAGGAAGGAAGUCGUCAUCCAAAAAUGUUGCGCUUACGGGACCCAAAUACGCUGUAAAGGUUGCCGAUGUUGUGAGACACUUGAUUCGAUCUCAGACACAUCAUCAGCAGUUCAUACCAAACACCCAACACGGGAGGUCGCAUCAAGAACCAAACUGGACAUCGGGAACCCGACCCACCAACCCCGCGGGCAGAGUUGUCCGACAC